AUGGCUUCCACUCCAGAAAUGCCACCGGAGACCUCGCUGCCUUUUGGUGUCUUUUCUCCUCCACGAGAUGCCUACGAAUGGAAGAAAGCCCUCGCCGAUGUGAAAUGGCUAUGUUUCAACCAGCAAUACAAACAAUGUGCCAUGCGUUGCAACCAGCUCAUAGAGACUGCAUCUAGUCCACUCCAUCCGAUCAGUGCGACCUACCUCCACUAUUAUGCAGCCACCUCAUACGAGUACAUGGGACGAACUGCUCACAUAUUUUCGGCUAUCAAGAUACCGCUUUUGACUAAUGCUAUGGAGCGGUUUCAGACUGCCUAUGAGUCUUUGCCAGCUACUAUCCCAGCCCCAGUUUUGAAUCCCAACCAGACCUACUCGCCAGUUACUUUUCUUCAUUCUCCCACCUUGUCUGCCCGGUCUUCCUCGAGUGCUAUCGAGUGGAGUCCUGCGCAUUCACCGGACCAUGGCGUCACUCCUGUUAUUGGUCCUGGUCCAAAUGCUGAAGCUCUGUCAGUUCGAAAUCUGUCCGCUUUUAAUGCUAGGAUGGUUCAAACUCCUCCUGCGCCUGUACCUGCCCCUUCUCCCUCUCGCGCCUCAAGCUCAUCUAUGACCACUGACUUUUGUAUCACUCCACCUCCUGCUCCUGCUCGAGAAGUCUUGCGUUUUGACCAUGACGCCCCUCCCCCGGCUUUUCAUAUCCCUCCUCCGACCCGGCCUCCUCCUCCACCACCAUGCGAGGCUCCUGCUCGCCCAGCUACGAGAGAUCAAUUGCUCUCUUUUAACAGUGCCAGAGAUAGACUUCCCAACGGGGCAUCUAUCGUCCGAAACAUUGCCCGGAUGAUUGAUAACUCCAUGAUUGCAGCAGCCGACGACCCUUUUCUGACUCGUGCGCCGCCAAACUUUGCCGAUCCAAAGCGGCCACCAUUGCGUCUGUCUCCAAUCAAGUUCCCAGUCGAGUUUGACGAUCCAGUGAAGCGUCGCGAGCUCAUUCCAUCCCCGCUUGCAAUUCGGAAGAGCUCCGGCGAAGUGCACAUGUGUAGGAACUCUGCAAUAGUAAUCCAUGGAGGCAAAGAGCCACAAACGUCUAUGAAAGAGAAGAGUUAUUCAAUCCGAGCACCGCGGCCAAAGCGUCCGACUCCGUUCUUCCCUUCGCCCAUGACCAUGACUCCAUCGACACCAACCCCCGUUCCGCGAAAGAAGAUGCCCCCCCUCGCCUCCCCAUUCGUCAGCCGCCCAGCCUCACCAGGGCAGGAAAGCGUCAGCUCGCCCUCGUUGCAGUCGAGAAAGCCCUCUCCAGCGCCUGUCAGCGCCGAACGCGCCGCGCAGAUCAAUAACUUCAACAGCGCUGUCAAGUGGCUCCGCGAGCACAUUCCCGCCGACAUUACCGGGCUCCGCAAGGAGAUCAAACAUGUUUCGGACAUGCAGCAUGCGCGUCGCUCUCGCAACACGACUAUGGCUCGCUCUGCAUCCUUCUGGACGUUUUCUCCCGUGAAGCCUAGCACUUCCGGCGGACCCCAGGAACCUCCUGUGAUUGAGGGGCCUAAUCUCGAUGAGUAUGGAAACAUUAUUCGGGUUGAGACUAAGGCGCAGCGCAUCAAGCGGCUCAGGGAGGAGGAUUGGAGGAUUGGUAUUCAGUCGAAGCACAGUCACUGGAAGGGGACUGAGUACUACGAUAACCUUUGUGAGGAUGCUUUGGCGGAGCUUGGUGAGACAGGUUAUGGAUCCCGGGACUGGUUGCAGCGGUGA